UCAGCCAUGGUCAAUCCUGUAGUGUACUUCGACAUUACCACUGAUGGUGAACCUUUAGGUCGCGUCUCCUUCGAGAUGCUUGCAGAUAAAGUCCCAAAGACAGCAGAAAACUUCCGUGCUCUGAGUACUGGGGAGAAAGGAUUUGGUUACAAAGGUUCCUGCUUUCACAGAAUCAUUCCUGGGUUUAUGUGCCAGGGUGGAGACUUCACACGCCAUAAUGGUACUGGUGGCAAGUCCAUCUAUGGGGAGAAGUUUGUUGAUGAGAACUUCAUCCUGAAGCACACAGGUCCUGGCAUCCUGUCCAUGGCAAAUGCUGGACCCAAUACAAACGGUUCCCAGUUUUUUAUCUGUACUGCUAAGACUGAAUGGUUGGAUGGCAAGCAUGUAGUCUUUGGCAAGGUGAAAGAAGGCAUGAACAUUGUGGAAGCCAUGGAGCGCUUUGGGUCCAGGAAUGGCAAGACCAGCAAGAACACCAUUGCUGACUGUGGACAACUCUAA